ACGUACGGGCGCGCGCCAUUCUGGGCAGUGUAGUCUAGCCUGGACUCGGACGCCCCCUCGUAUGAAUGGGGCUCCGGUUGACAGCGAACUACAGCUCCUUGACCGGCAGCGUUGGUGGCAGCCGCUGGGAAAAGGGAGACCGUCACGACCCCGGGAGAGCGGCGCUCCAGGACGGUGGUGAUGUUCAGUGCCGCGACGAGGCGGUAGCCGGGCUUCCUGGGGUAGUGGUCUAGUUGGGCGCUUCCUCUGCGCUCUCGCUCCGCUUCCCCUGUCCUGGCCAUGCGCCCGGCCUUCGCGGUGGGCCUGGUUUUCGCAGGCUGCUGCAGUAACGUGAUCUUCCUAGAGCUCCUGGCCCGGAAACAUCCAGGAUGUGGGAACAUUGUGACGUUUGCACAGUUUUUAUUUAUCGCUGUGGAAGGCUUCCUCUUUGAGGCUGAUUUGGGAAGGAAGCGUCCGGCUAUCCCAAUAAGGUACUACGCCGUAAUGGUGACCAUGUUCUUCACCGUCAGCGUGGUGAACAACUACGCCCUGAAUCUUAACAUCGCCAUGCCCCUGCACAUGAUAUUUAGAUCUGGUUCUCUAAUUGCCAACAUGAUUCUAGGAAUUAUCAUUUUGAAAAAAAGAUACAGUAUCUUCAAAUAUACCUCCAUUGCUCUGGUGUCUGUGGGGAUAUUUGUUUGCACUUUCAUGUCAGCAAAGCAGGUGACUUCUCAGUCCAGCUCAACUGAGAAUGAUGGAUUCCAGGCGUUUGCAUGGUGGUUACUAGGCAUUGGGGCACUGACUUUCGCUCUUCUGAUGUCCGCAAGGAUGGGUAUUUUCCAAGAGACUCUGUACAAACAAUUUGGGAAACACUCCAAGGAGGCUUUGUUUUAUAAUCAUGCCCUUCCACUUCCUGGUUUCAUCUUCUUGGCUUCUGACAUUUAUGACCAUGCAGUUCUGUUCAAUAAUUCUGAAUUGUAUCAGGUUCCAGUCAUUGGUGUGACAGUGCCCAUCAUGUGGUUCUACCUCCUCAUGAAUGUCAUCACUCAGUACGUGUGCAUCCGGGGCGUUUUCAUCCUCACCACAGAAUGCGCCUCUCUCACCGUCACCCUCGUCGUGACGCUGCGCAAGUUCGUCAGCCUCAUCUUCUCCAUCUUGUACUUUCAGAACCCUUUCACCCUGUGGCACUGGCUGGGCACCUUGUUUGUCUUCACUGGGACCCUCAUGUACACAGAGGUGUGGAACAACCUGGGGGCCGCCAAAGGCCAGCCUCAGAAGGAGAAGAACUGAGGCCGGCCUGCAGUAGAGACACCAGAGGCUAAUGGGCCGGGGCCUGGCCGCCAUUUCACCUUGGUUAAUGCUGAAUU